CAUUUUUCCCAGCUUGUGCUAUCCGUUGCGCUGAGGCGGCUAAGAACGCAGGAGCAAGCGCAAAAGCAACGGUAGUUGCCACAGAGCACGAGCGCUCGAUCCCUUCGAACGCCUACUGGUCACAAAAAAAGGCUGCCAGAGUGCGCCCAUCCGUUACGCGGUACGCCGCCGCCGUGCGGUAAUAAAAAAUGUCCACCUACACUCCCGCCGGCAUCUCGGCCUGUGACAUCGACGUCGCGCGGCGCAACCUGCGCAAGACGCCGCCGAACUCGCCGCCGCGGCCGGCCGCUAAGCGCUCGCCGCAGAAACAGAAACGAGUAACACCGCGCGACCUCGAGCUCGUGCCCGUGGUGCUCUGCGUCGCCCGCGUCGCCUACCUCGCGACGCCUACACAAGCGCUCGAACUCGUGCUGCUGCUCGUCGCGUGCCGCGACGGGAGCGCCUCCACGACUCUCGCGCUGCCGUGCGCGGCCACGGCCCUCGCGUCGGCCCUAUCCACGUCGCACAUGGACGCCUUGCGUGCGGCCACGAUCGCGACGGCCGCCUACGCGACGGCGCCUGAACAAUCGUGGAAGGCGCUGGCCGCCGUCCUCGCCGCGGUGCUCGCGCUCCUGGAAGCCCCGCGAUCGUUCAUCUGGUGCGCCCUGGCCAUGGUCCUCCAGGACGCAGCCCAAAUGCGCCUGACGCGGCGCGUGGCCAUGCCGCCGAGCAGGGCCGUGCCGACGUCGCCGCUCCGCGGCCGCGCGCCGCUCCCGGAGCCCUCCACCACUGAUAGGAGGGGCGAGCUGCAGCUCGUCGCCCAGCUCGGGGCCCUCGCUUGUGUACAUGUGGCCAUGGAUCUGUGGCGAGGGACCUGCGGCCUCUCACCAAUGCUCGCGGCGCGCGUCGCACCUUUGAUAGCUGGGGCCGCGUUACUCGGGACGCCCGUCGACGACGACGCCGACGCGUUCCUCGCGGGCGUCUUCCACGUUGAUGUGAACCACGCUCUCAUGAAGCGCCUGGGGGGCUACUACGGCGCCGUCUCGCUGAUUUUGCUGGUGGCGACGCGCCGCGAACCCAUUAUCAGUAUGCUGGCCUUCGUUCUUACAUGGAGACGCCUCGCGCACGUCUUGUAUUGGGCCUUAGCCAUUGUAGGAGGCGUCUACGCGUCCACUUCUAUCGUUCUGCCGAGGAUCGAGCGGCGCAAGCUCUUCCACGCGCUCGUGAUUCUGCUGUUUGCGCCGUCCCACGACGACGCGUUAUUGGGCGUGGCCUUCGGCGGCGCCGCCUUCCUGAUGCUCGCCGUCGAGGAGGCGCGGGCGCGGCGCUUGCUGUCGCUGGAUGACUUCUACGGGCGCUUCCUCGAUCAGCGCGACUCGAGCAUCGCGCUGACGCAUCUUUAUUUAUUGUUGGGCUGCGCCCUGCCCCACGGGCUCAACCUCGUCCUCAAACAUGAUGGAGCGGACUGCCUCGUGCUCAAGUUGGGGGGAGUCGCCGUGCUCGGUGCCGGCGACGCGCUCGCCUGUGUGGUAGGAAGACGUUUCGGAACUAAACGGUGGCCCGGCUCCCAGAAGACUUAUGUUGGAUCGGCCGCCUUCGUGGGAGGCACUUUCGCCUUCUUCCUCUUCUACAGGCCCAUCUACCUGUCGCGCGGCCAACUCGUGUUGGAUUCGGUGAUAAUCGCAAUACUCGAGGCCACGGUCGCAAGCGUGGACAAUUUGGUGUUGCCCCUCUACUUCUCCGCGCUGGCGCUCUGCGCCGUCGCGGUCGACCGCUCUCAGCAAUUCCCGCUCGUGGAGCUGCUCCACGACCUUUAAUUUUGAUGUUGUUUUCUUAUC